AUGCCUUAUAACACUACCGCUAUCCCGCCGCGGAAAGAGGCCACGGGCCAGACGCAGCUGCCAUUAACCCGAGUGCGCAAGAUUAUCUUGCAAGACCCAGACGUCGCCGUCUGCUCCAACAACGCCGCUUUUGUCAUCACGCUUGCGACAGUAAGCCCCGCUCAGAACGCUCUUCCUUCUCCAGCCCUUCUGACCAGACAGGAACUCUUUGUCCAGUAUCUUGCCUCUGAGGCCCAGAACAUGGUCAAGCUCGACCGCAAGCCUCGCCGCAACGUCCAGUAUAAGGACAUCAGCAAUGCCGCCUCCCGCAUCGACCGUCUCGAGUUCCUCCAGGACACCGUCCCCGCCACCGUCCCCUACGGCAAGAUCAAGGCCGACGCUGCCGCCGCUCAGGCGAAGCUCCGCGGGGGCGCUGUCACCGCCAAGGUCGCCAAGUCCGACCGCACGUUUUCGGGCACUGCCGCCGCGCCGACCACAAUCCUGUCGCUGACGAAUGGCGCGUCCACUGAAACUGGCGCCGGCGCCGGCGCCGGCAAGCGGAAGCACCAACAGCAGCUGCCCUUUACCGUGCUCAACGGCUCCAACUUCCGCCCGGUAGGUGGCCACACUGCGACGGAUGCCAGUGUGGACGGCUCGGGCGUGGCUGCUGCUGCUGCUCUGGCCCAGGCUGCCGCCGCCUCGGGCACGACGACAGCGUCGACACCGCUCGAUGAGGCCGGGCCCAAUGACCAGCUGCAACAGGACAUGCUGCGCAUGCAGGAUGCGAGAAACCACGGAAACGGCGACGUUGAGAUGGAGGACAGCUAG